CAGGGUGCAGUGCUGUACCAUGAAAUAGAUCAAAUUUAAAUCUUGCUGUUUUUUAGUGUCCUCCCAUAAUAUUUUUCUUUUCAUCUGAUAUUCUUCAUAUGCUAAAUUAACACAGGCUUCUUUUGUGAAGUUUAACCACAUAAAAAAAAUGCUACGUUGAUAAAUAGAUUAUAGAUUCAAACCUGUCCUUUAUCAUUUGUCAAUGACAUUUCAUCAUGCAGAUGUACUUUAAGGGAACCGUAACCCCACCUACCAAGAUUGUAAUAGAACAGCAUUAACCCACAGAAACCUCGAGGAGGGAAACUAAUUCCCCUGGACUGGCUCUUCCUGUCGUCACCCUGACAGCGUGACCUGCAGCUGUGCAACCAGAGGAAGCAGGACCCACACAAGUCCCCGGACACACAUCUCUUUCAGAGAACAUUCAAUUAAGACACUACUUUGCUUCCUGAUUAGCUGCUUGGCAUACACUGUACGAUGAUAAAUCAUGGAAGCAGCUGAGAAGAGAAACGGGGAACAGACGCAAGCAGCUAGGCCAAGUGUGUGUAUAUAUUUUCAGCUAAGCGAAGUCAUCUCCUGAUUUGACUGUGGAGGAACCAGAGGCACAGAGGGGGUGACGUUGAUGACCACAUUAGUGUCAAACAAGUGCUCUGGAAAACAGAUGCAUCUGUACAUGAUUACAUUGUGUCAGUGUUUUCUCAGGGAAGACUGUCAAGCCUAAGAUAUCACAGAUAAAAAGAACAAACAGAUCAGCCCAGCAGCAACAUAUAUUUUGGCUUAAACAAACUGCUUUGAAGAAAUAGCAAUAGAAAAGCAUAGCUAAAAGCAUACACUGUGUAAGCUUUUUUAAUGUGAAAAAAACUGCAUUUAAUUUAUUAAAAAUACAGUAAAAACAGUACAAUUUUGAAAUACUAUUACAAUUUAAAAUGAAAUUUAUUCUUGUGAUGGCAAAGCUGAAUUUUCAUCAGCCAUUACUACAGACUUCAGUGUCAUAUGAUCCUUAAGGAAAUGAUUCCCUAAGGAAAUGAUGAUAAUUCUUUAUGGGGAAGAGGAUGCAGUUUAAUGAAUAGAAUGUUUAAAAUAACAGCAUUUAUUUGAAAUAUAUAUUUUUAUAUAUCAUUGUAAACAUCUUUACUGUCACUUUUGAUCAAUUUAAUAUAUCCUUGCUGAAUAAAAGUAUUAAAAAUUCUUACUGACCCCAAACUUUUAAGCGGUACAGAAAAUGUUACUGUGGGACUAUUUACUUUGAAUCCAGGAAGCCUCCAUUACUUUUAAAACCACAAAAGAAAAGCAGGCUGAAUGAUUCAUGGAUUGGAUCUACCAUGACCAUUUAAAAUUGGCAAAUUUGGACUACUUAAUACAAAUUACAUACACUGCAUUUCCAAAUAAAGAUUAAAUAAAGCCAAGCUUAGUCAGUGCACUCACCAGGACAAGGACUUAAAAAAAAACAAAAAAAAAACGGAUAAGUCUAUUAAAAUGCAUCAAACAUACUAUGUGUUAUUGUGAUUUGUUCGUAUACAGUAUGUGGUUUCAAUAAUAGUAAGUAAUAAGCAGAUCUUAAGAAGGAACAGGUGUAUGUGGCUUUCACACCCAAGCCAUUAAUUCCUUUUUAUUAGCUUCAUAAAACCGUAAUUACUAUGGGUCUCAAAGCUUAUUUUACCAGCAUGGAAAGAACAACUCUUAGUUAAGUCUUUUCCUGUUUUACACAAGUAGCAUUUGAGCACUAACUAAACAGUUUCAGCUGGAGUACAAAGAAGGCAGCGUAUCUUUGAGAGGGGUAUCUGACACGCUCCAAUUACCGAACAUGUCACUGCACUUGCAUAUGCAAAGAUCUCACCAUUUAUCAAAGACUCGCCCUCAAGGCAAAUGAAAGGAACAUCUGGAUUUCAAGAGUGUUUAACCUAGCAUCUGGCGAGACCUCGUGAGAUGAUGUGUAUUUCCCUGCACAAUGACUCAUGAUAAAGAUGUAUGUGUGCAAUGAAAGCCGCUGAUGACCCACCUUUACCAUCGUCUGCACUGCAAGAGUGAGUUACAAUAUUGGGAGUCUAGCCAAGAUAUACACAAUAUGUGCAGAACAUGCUCAAAAGAUCAUUGUCUAGGGAAAGACAGUCUUCUAAAAGCAAACCUGACUGCCCACUAAGACCUGGAAGAGCUCUUUGUAUCCAGGGAGGUUUAUAAUUAUACACCAUUUAAAAAAAGAAACAGCCUCCAGAGACAUAUCUGUGGACUGGCUGUCGACAACGUCCCUGACCAAGGAGAGAAGAGCAGGCAAUCUGAGAACAAGGGGAAAAAAGGGCCACCGGCUGCAAAAUGAUGUCUCUCAAGGAGCUGUGUGCCUAUGAAACACCAUCCGCUGCUGAACUGCAGAACUUCCUGCUGGCUGACAGACGGCCCACUGGACAUGUCAACCAAGUGUGGCCUAAUGUGUACAUUGGCAAUGAGGUUGCGGCAAGAGACAAGUCAAUGCUGUACAAUAUGGGGAUCACACACAUUGUGAAUGCUGCUAGUGGACCCCCUCAUGUCAACACUGGAGCCCGCUUUUACAGAGACAUGUCUAUAGAUUACUAUGGAGUGGAGGCUGAUGAUUCCUCAGACUUCAUCUUAAGUGUGUUUUUCUAUCCAACAGCAAGGUUCAUACGAGCUGCACUAUCAAAAAAAGGAAGAGUGUUUGUCCACUGUCUGAUGGGAGUGAGUCGCUCUGCCACUCUAGUGUUGGCCUUCCUCAUGAUCUGUGAGGAUCUUACUCUAAUGGAGGCUGUUAAAGCUGUACGGCAACACAGGGACAUCUGUCCUAACCCUGGCUUUCUUAACCAGCUUCGACAUCUUGACAUGAGCCUCGUCCGAGAGAGGAAGAAAAAACUGGAAGCUUACAAAUUAAAAGCCUCUAAAGACAAACCAUUGGCCUCUCAACUGCAGGCAGCAUAUGAGACGCCAUCUAUAUCAGAUCUGCGGUAUCUGCUGCUGACUAACAGGCAGCCUUUCGGACCUGUCAGUCUUAUCUGGCCCGGCCUGUACAUUGGAGAUGAGUAAGUUUUCUUCUUGAGAAGAAAAAGCAACUAACCAAGAUAGGUACCUGUGGCUUUAAUUACAGUUCAAUAUGUAAAUGAUGUGAUCGAAAACAUGAAGACAUACACUACUCACAAAAAGUUAGGGAUAUUUGACUUUCGGGUGAAAUUUUAGAAUGCACCUAAAACGCACUACAUCCUUUAAAGGUGAACUUAAUUUGACCUUCUCUAAACUUUUGAAUGCACAUGUCCAGCUGUUCAAUGCUUCAGUACUUCUUGCAUAACAUGCUGUUCUCUAACAAGGUGAUUAACCGCAAAAAUCACAACAAGUGUCUGAUCCAUGAAUCAACCACUAAAUGUUCUGGUUCAAUGAAAAUUUGUAUUUUAAA